ACUAACAACAACAUACGAACGUUUACGAUAGCUACGAGUACAGUGCUUGAAGCCGCGAACACGACCACGACCGCGACCCAGACUUUGCUUAGCUCAGCAGUUUACACGCUUGAAUUGCCGCCGGUGCGGUAAGAAAUUAAGUUGCAGCAGCUCCAAGGUUAAUCACUGCACCCACAAGACCCAACUAGAUUGCCUCAGAUGUCGUUCUUUCGCAACAUACGCUCUUCAUUGGCAUCUUCACGAGCCAAGAGCUCCUCACGCGACUCAACGCCCGUGCGCAGUUCACACUCACGACCGGCCAGCGUAAUUAGUGCCGCCAAUUCCUCCCGUCGCGAUUCAACGACCAGUUCGAGAGCCGACUCUACGUUGCAUAGAGGAGACACCUUCAUAUUGAACACGUCCGAUGAGCAGCAUUCGAAUAACUCCACACUGGAGAAGAAAUCAAAAAAGUCCAAGGUGUUUAGCAAAUUCAGUACUUUUACGAAGCGCAAAAAGACGCCCUCACCGGAGGAGGUCGCUAGCUACGAACAUCAUCCCAGCGAUACAGCCACCAAUACGUAUUAUAAAUGGAAGAGCGAUGGCGAUCGCAUGCUCGACUAUGAUGCGCAAGCAGAUCCCUUCAAUUUCCUCUAUGAGCAACAAUCCAGUCUCAAGGCCCUGCACUCAACUGAGCCGUCUCUGCGACGCGGCUCCAGCGUGGGCUCCAAUUCGAGUGGAAGUGCUAGUGCCAGCUUUGACUCCUCCACAUAUCGCAAAAGUAAAACGCCCACACAUCUGCGCGAGCAGCUCGAACAGUUGAAGACCCAUUCGAAUGAUGAUCUGCUCGAGCAGAACGAUGAGGAGGACGAGCGCGAGAAGUACAAAACCGUAACGCUGAGCAGUUUUCGAAAAUCCUUCCGCGAUCGCUUGCUGCAGCAACAGAAAGAGACGCCUCACAAUCCCGCCUGGUUCGUUCAAGUAGAGCAACCAACGGCAGGAAAAGAAUCAAAAUCCGAUCGACGUGGGGAGUCCAAGGAGAAUCGUCCAGACUUUCUUGUCUUUGAGAAUGAAAACUAUAGACCGCAAUCGCGUUCGCCGCUACGCGAUCGUCCCUCCCGCUCCAUGACUCGUUCGCCCGUCAAACGCAAUGAAACUUUCAGAGUGACAGCACCCAGCUCGCUACGCCGCCCCUCACCCUCGCCCACACCCAUGCACGGAGCCGCGCCCUCCAUACGCAUCGAAAUAAAGAACUCCAUAGCGCCACAUCAGCCGGGCCGAUUGGUGCCCGUAGGCGUAGCCAAACCCAUGCCCACCACAGAGUACUAUGCGCAACGUUUGCUGGCCAACAAUCAGGCCCGACAUUCCCAACCCUCCUCGGCGAGUCCCACAACCAAGUGGUAUCGCACCCAACACCCACACUCGCCCACACGACUUGGCACUGGAGGAAGUUUUCAGCAGCAGGCUCCAGGCCGCUAUCAGACGCUUGUCCAAAUUGGCAAUGAGCAGAGCAAGACACCCGUCGUGUUGCCCAGUCGAGGUCGUGCGCCUACCCGCGUUCAGCUGUUCGGCAGCAAGCCGCCCAGCGGCGCCACCUACUUCGGCGAUCAUCUACCACACCAGCAUCCUGCCCAGCACCCAGCAGUGGCGCAGUACCAACGCCCCCAAUAUAAUGCACCUGCUGGUCGAACGCUCAAUAUUGUGAAGCCGGCUUCGUCAAAUUCACGCGCAUCCUCUGGGGGCGGACCCACCAUAUAUUUGGGGCGUCGCGAGCAACAAUCUACAAAAGUUCCACCGCGCCGUAAUCGUUCACCCAUCAAGAUUCCGUGGCGGUAGGCGGUAACCGAUCGACGACCGAUCGGUCGAUGAGGCAUGUGUUUACAAAUAUAGAAUUGCUUUUCUAUAUGGCUAUAACUUGAGUACAUAACGACGGCAGAGAAAAGGUAUAAAUAUGAAUGCACUCAGAGAAAAAUGUGAUCCUAUUAGAAGUCAUGGAAAAUAAAGCUACACUAGACUGAAAGCGAUUAUUUCAUAGCAACAGUAUUGCAAAUUGUGUAACCAAAGUGUUGUAAAAUGUCAGACGGGAAGUAGCUGCUAAGAACUAACUAACAAUAAUAAUUUACUUAACUAAGAAUGUUGCUAAUACUAUUUAACUCUGUAUUUAAAUUAUUAAAAAAUUUUUUCGUAAAAAAAGCUCAAGCACCAAAAACUCUCCAGUUUUGUGUAAUUUUGACUUAUUUCUUGGAUGAAAAGAUCGUAUUUAAUAGUUAGUUCCGUACUUAAAAUUUUUUGUGUCUAUUAAUUUAUAUUUUUUAUUUAAAAAGUACACAUACAGGUAUAUACUUUUAAAGAAAUAAAUUGAGCUUUUUCUGUUAUUUUAAUAGCAAAGCAAAAACCAUUUGGGCUGUACAACUUUUUCAUUCCGAAACUAAUUUCUAAAAUAAAAAGACAAACUACUUCUGCCAUUUUUUGCUUUUGCCAUUUGCCACUGAAAUGAUGCCCUGCUUUUUAAGCUGAAAACUAACUGUUUUAAAAAAUAUAAUAAUUUAUUUCUAUUUAUAAUAGUUCAUUUCAUGUUGUCAACAUUAUUUCUCUGAGUGCAACGCCAACGACAGUGCGGCUUUUUGUGUGACUCUUGCGUCAUGCCAAGUUCUAGAUUCUAAGCGAAGGCGGUGGCGGUGGCGAUGGCGGCGCUGGUGGCUGCCAUCGACGUCUGCUGACAGUGCCCGUGUAGUGAAUAAUAUUUAUUUUAUUUUGCGAUUCGACUCAAAUUGUACAAACAAAAGAUUAAUACAAUCUAUAUCCGUGCCCCCCUCCCUACUCCUGGGCUCUGCCUUGCGGGUUGCUGUACAUAAUUAUUAAAUUAAGCAAAUAAAUGAAAUUAAUUAUGAAAAAACAAUACAAAAAAAAAGAAACAACUAAAAACACAGA